AACAGAUUAUGCAGAGGUGAAUUGACCAUACUCAGUAACAAGCUGGUAAAUAAACCUAUGGGAGGCACUUCUUAAUAAACAACCCCUCCCUCAAUAAGUGUAUGUCCAACCCGAGUCGAUUGACCAGUUAAUGCUAAACCGAUGACUGCAUUUUUAGCAUCACUCGGGUGCGAGUGUGCAUACGACCGGAUGAUUUCAUCCUAGACAUGGAUGAGCAGAACCACCGGAUGACAUCAAAAAGACAGCGUAUAAGCCUCCGAUAGAUCUGUUCGUCCAACCUCCCUCUUUUUUCCUGUGUAUAUAUAAGUCUUCCCCACCGGGAAGGAUUGGGUUCACUAAACCUGCCAUCUUCCCAACAACUUAUCAACAAAUCCAACAAGCCAAACCUUCUUCGCGCUCAUAAUAGUCUCAUAUAACUAUACUAGCUAACAAAAUGAGAUUCACCGACACUGUCCCACUUCUACUAGUCUUGCUCCUCACCAUCGCAAGCUAUAUUGCGCAACGGUCUUCGGGCCCAAUUGGCGUCGGCGAUGAUCCCGAUAUGGACAUGGAAGGGAUGCUAAUCGAUGACGGGCCAAAUAACGCCACUAACUCGCCAGCGUCUGCUUAUCCGGCUCUCACCUUUACCUCGGCCCUCGAGUUGCAGCCGCCACAUCCGAUCUCGACUGUGACGACUUCGCCAGUCACCAUCCCGCCAGCUACCCCAAGCUCGACAUCAAUCCCAAGAUCAAACGGCACAAACGGCACAUCUCCUUCACUUACAUCGAGCGGGACCAGCCAAGUCGUGGCAACUCAAACCGGACUGCCACCGGUCCCGAGAACCUCCGGUGCUGGAAAAUUGGACCGGUCUUUUUAUGAGCUGAUUGGAUUACUGAUCUGUCUCGGGAGCCUAUGGGGCAUCGAUUAGAGGAUCAAAGUCACUCUAAUAAAAACUCAUUUCACUUAUCGAACACUUGGUCGCGCUGUUCGCGCAUUUUCACAUGCAGGGUCAAACUUCCUAAACCUUCAAGAUUGGCGAUUUUUUUUCUCUUUCCAUCCUCUUGUCGUCAUCUUUUCCAUCUGAUUUAUUAGGAUAUCUUUACUUAGUUCCCGCUUUUCUUCAUCAACAAAUCUGAUCAUCUAUACAAAGAAAAAAGCUGUGCAAAUACGAUGAUUUCAAUCUCAAGUUCAUGGGGCUCUAUGAACAACACAUUUUCAGAAGUACUCUCUGAAAUACAAAUAAUCUACUGUAAUGCCCUUUUCAUUUCUACUUUAAUAGUGAUCAAUUUUUUUUCGUUCUUGUUCAAGGUUUAGAUA